GAAACUUUGUGGAAAAAAUAGAAAAAUAUUUAAAUUAUUGUUUUUAUAAAUUUUAUUUUGGGUUCGAACUCUUCAACUCCCUGAACACAAGUCGCAUAAAACGAAGGAACAAUCUAGAAGAAGAACGAUAACAUCCAAUCUCUCUUUAUAUUCCUUCCUUCCAUUGUGGCAAUAAGUAACAAACCUUGCCCUCUACUUCAUUCCCUCCUUGUUUUGAUUUCAUCGUCUUUGUUAGCUCUCCUCUGUUUUUUUUUCUUAGUCAAUCGAUGGCGAAGGAGCUUGCUGAUAAGGCUAAAGAGGCUUUCGUAGACGAUGACUUCGAUGUUGCUGUUGACUUGUACUCCAAAGCCAUUGACUUGGAUCCUAAUUGCGCUGAGUUCUUCGCUGAUCGUGCUCAGGCCUAUAUCAAACUCGAAAGCUUCACUGAGGCCGUGGCAGAUGCGAACAAAGCAAUUGAGUUGGAUCCUUCAUUGACCAAAGCUUACCUAAGAAAAGGAACUGCCUGUAUGAAGCUUGAAGAGUAUCGGACUGCUAAAACAGCUCUUGAAAAGGGUGCCUCUAUCACGCCGAGUGAAUCCAAAUUUAAGAAGUUGAUAGAUGAAUGCAAUUUUCUAAUCACAGAAGAAGAGAAAGAUUUGGUUCAACCGGUGCCUUCGACUUUGCCUUCAAGUGUGACAGCACCACCAGUAUCUGAACUUGAUGUCACCCCUACAGCCAAGUACAGGCACGAGUACUACCAAAAGCCAGAGGAAGUUGUGGUAACUGUUUUUGCAAAAGGAAUACCCAAGCAGAAUGUUAACAUCGACUUUGGUGAACAAAUUCUGAGUGUUGUGAUUGAGGUUCCUGGAGAGGAUGCGUAUUAUCUCCAACCGAGAUUGUUUGGAAAGAUAAUACCAGAUAAGUGCAAAUAUGAAGUAUUGUCGACCAAAAUUGAGAUCUGUCUUGCAAAAGCCGAUAUAAUCACAUGGGCCUCCCUCGAACACGGCAAAGGGCCAGCGGUUUUGCCAAAGCCUAAUGUCUCAUCAGAGGUUUCACAGAGGCCAGCUUAUCCAUCUUCUAAGAAAGUUAAGGACUGGGACAAGCUGGAAGCUGAAGUGAAGAAGCAGGAAAAAGAUGAGAAGCUGGAAGGAGACGCAGCUUUGAACAAAUUCUUCCGGGAGAUAUACCAGAAUGCGGAUGAGGAUAUGAGGCGAGCGAUGAGCAAAUCAUUUGUGGAAUCGAAUGGGACAGUGCUGUCAACAAACUGGCAAGAGGUUGGGACUAAGACAAUCGAGAGUACUCCUCCGGAUGGCAUGGAGCUCAAGAAAUGGGAGAUCUGAUCUGAUAUGAUAUGAUGAUCCUUUCCUUUUUAUGCAGUUGUGAAUUUUGCCUAAAUGUAGACAAAUCUUGAAACCUGGUCCCUUUCUUCCUGUAAUGAGGAUCCUAAGGUUUUUGCUUUUUUGUUAAAUAUGGCUUUCUACCUCUGCUAUGUUGUGACUUGUGAGUUAUAUUGUCUUUAGGUCUCAACUUUUUUGUUUUUGUUUUUAUUUGAGUAUUCAUAAUUUCAUCAUGAUCACUAUUCUUUAGUUUUUGUUAAAACUUACUUAAUUAGUCUACAAAACCAAAUAUAUCCCAAGUAUGGAGUUAAAAGUCAAAGAAUUGAGUUAACCUCUCGAUCGAGUUGUAAAUUGUCACUUUAGAGUCGUCUCGAUCGAGUUGUAAAUUGUCACUUUAGAGUCGUUUUAAACUUAAGUAUGGAGAAAGUGAUUUUUUAUUAAAGAG